AUGCCCUCCUCCGCUAAUACCUCUGCGACCCCGGACGCCCUCGAAUCCGACCUCCUCACCAAGCUCGCCGCCACAUCAGCCCUUGAAGAUCUCCAAGACACUCUUCUGGGCUCCUUACACCGAGCAGGAUGGACUGACCGAAUUACGAGCCUUGCGACUGAGCUCCUCCGCUCAGGCCGCUGCGAAACCUUUGACGAUGUGAUGGAUGCGGUCGUCGCUUCGGCGGAGGGCAGGACCCACCCGGCGCUGGGCGCGAAGACCCCCGCAGACCAGAAUGGCAACACAACUCAGAAUGGAUCGAAGGAGGGAGCAGUAAAUGGGACAAAAAAGGACGGCAAGGGCGGGAAUUCCCACAGUGAUCAUUACGACCCACUGAAGUACAUCGAGGAGGUUGACGUGCGCAUUCCGGACACAGUUGUGGAUGAGGGCGUGCGCGGCCUCAAGGAUAUCUUGCGGGAAGUGGUUGACUUGGAGGGAGAGGGGGGCGUGAACGGGGACAAGAAGUGA